GUCCACACAACAAUCACCACAAACCGGACCCAGCUAUUUGACAACGGAUAUGAAGGCGGGCGGUGGAGUGGUAUUCGGGAUUCCACGCGCCGCCGUGUUUCCUGCAGCUCUGUUCAGCCGCCAGCGACCCACUCUUCGGUGCUACUCCUCAUCGUUUUCUGACCAUGUAUCAUUUAUAAAAGAUGUGGCUGCCACCCAACCUCCGGAGCAUUUGAAUCAUCUUCUCAAAAUGCUUAAGGUCAGAGGUGAAGAAAUUAUUUCUCCUGGAGCAAAGCAAGGCAUGCUUCCUCUUGCUGUUCCUCUAUCCAAAAAUAACUCAGGUUCUGUAACUGCAUUGUUAAGAUGGCCAACUGCUCCCACAGGGAUGGAGAUGCCAGUAGUAGAGGUUCGCAAAUAUGGAGUGUGGCUUUUGGCUAAGAAUGUUGAGCAGUAUAUCAACAGAAUCUUAGUGGAAGAAGAUGCGAAGAGCUCUCAGGAAAGAAAUGAGGAGUUAUUUUCUGCUUCAGCUGGUGCUGGAAAUAAGUUCUAUGAGAAGGGUGAUUUUGCUGCAUCUCAGAUUUCGAGCUUAGAAACCUAUCUUUUAAAGAAGGUAGGUUUGUUCCCCGACAUUCUAGAACACAAAGUUAAGCAGCAUUUUGACAAAGGAGACCAAGUUUCAGCUCUGGUGACUGGGGAAUUCUAUACUAAAAGGGAGCACUUUCCAGGAUUUGGCCGUCCCUUCGUCUUUAACGCAGAAGUUCUGCUGAAAGUUGGACGGAAUUUAGAAGCCAAAGAUUCUGCUAGGGUGGCUCUGAAAUCACCAUGGUGGACUCUGGGCUGCGAGUAUCAGGAAGUUGCUGAUCUUGCUCAAUGGGAGGAUGAGCAAAUUGAGUAUAUCAAAGAGAAGGUGACAGAUGAGGGAAGGCAAGAGGAUUUGAAAAAGGGAAAGGAACCUGCUCAGGUUUCACUGGAUGAAGCUGCUUUCUUAUUGGAUUUAGCUUCUGUUGAAGGGACAUGGGAUGCAUGCCUUGAGAGGGUUGCCAGUUGUUACAGAGAGGCUGGGCUUGAUGAUAUUGCCACAUUUAUACUUUACAGAGACUAAUAUUGGAUGUGAGUGUGAAUUUCUGCUUCUGCUAUUUUGGCACUAUUUUAUGUAUUGAGCUUUGCUUCUGUAGUAACCGUAGAAACAUAAGAACUUGUUUAACAGGUCAGCAACCAAAAUGAAAAAAAAAAAGAAAAUUCUGCAGAGUAACACCUUAAAUCUCAUAAUAGGCUUUUUAUUCAA